AAUCACAACCCUUCCAUCGCCCCACUGCAAAGGAACCGGCAGCCAGCAUGGCAACGCGCUCGGUGAGCUUGUUGCUGUUGCUGCUGCUAUCGGCCUCCAUGUCCAUCUCGACACUCGUGGCCGGAGAAGCCAACGACGAGGCCGCGCUGCUAGCCUUCAAGGCCGCCGCAGUCAGCGGCAGCCCUGACAAUCCGCUUGCUUCCUGGAACAGUAGCAGCACUGGCGGGUUCUGCAGCUGGGAGGGAGUGACGUGCGGGCGCAGGCACCGGCGAGUGGUAGCGCUGAGCCUGCGGUCCCACGGGCUCAUCGGCAACCUCUCGCCGGCCGUUGGCAACCUAUCAUUCCUGAGGGUUCUCAACCUAAGCUCCAACCGGUUCAGCGGGGACAUCCCCGCAAGCCUUGGUCGCCUACUCCGACUCCAGGCCCUCAACUUGAGCUACAACGCCUUCUCCGGUGAACUCCCCAUCAACCUGACCUCAUGCACUAGUUUAACGAUCAUGGCCCUCCAGCACAACCAUCUCCACGGGUGCCUGCCCCCUGAGCUCGGCGACAAGCUAACGCGCCUGAAGAUUAUCCAACUGGAGGUCAACAACCUCACCGGUGCCAUCCCUGCGUCACUAUCCAACUUGUCAUCACUGAGUAUCCUACAACUAGCGCACAAUCAGCUCGAGGGCACCAUCCCUCCUGGCCUCGACGGCAUCCUAGGCCUCUGGUCCCUCCACCUCGGCUUUAACAGGCUCUCCGGCGAGCUCCCUGUCUCACUAUACAACUUGUCUUCUUUGGAAGCGUUACAAAUUCAAUUCAACAUGCUCCAUGGAAGCAUUCCUGCAGACAUCGGAAGCAGGUUCCCCAGCAUGUGGUUACUUAGCUUUGCUGGCAACAAGUUCACUGGAACCAUCCCUUCUUCGCUCUCUAACCUCACUACUCUCCAAUAUCUCGACAUCGCUAGAAAUAAGCUCAGUGGAUAUGUGCCUGGCACACUUGGUAGAUUACGAGCUCUGCGACGUCUAAACUUGUGGGACAACUUGCUAGAAGCAGACGACCGGGAGGGGUGGGAAUUCGUCACUUCACUGUCAAACUGCAGCCAGCUCCAACAUUUACUCUUGAAUGCCAACGCUGGUUUCACUGGGCAGCUACCAAGUUCAAUAGUGAAUCUCUCAACAACCCUACAAUUCCUUCAGUUGAGUCAAACUGGGAUCACGGGAAGCAUCCCCUCAGCCAUCAGUAAUCUGGUCGGCCUCACCUUACUCGACGCGGGGAAUACUUCCAUAACCGGAGUGAUUCCAGAGAGCAUCGGCAAGUUGGGAAAUUUGGCUGAGCUAGGUUUGUACAACACUUACUUGUCAGGCCUCAUACCAUCAUCCAUCGGAAAUCUCUCAAACUUGAAUUACCUUGAUACACACAUUGGCAACCUGGAGGGACCAAUUCCAGCAACCAUAGGGAAGCUAAAGAAUCUGUUCUACCUUGAUUUGUCAAAGAACCGCCUGAGCGGUCCAAUUCCUAAAGACAUUUUCGAACUACGAGUCCUUUCUAGAAUCUUAGACUUAUCAUACAAUUCAUUAUCGGGACCCCUUCCAUCUGAAGUUGGUAGCUUGCAGAACCUUAAUCAACUAUUACUAUCAGGGAACCAAUUGUCUGGUGAGAUACCUGAUAGUAUUGGAGAGUGCACCGUGCUGCAAGCACUUUGGUUGGAUAAUAACUCAUUCGAAGGAAGCAUACCUCAAUCUCUGAACAAUAUAAAGGGUUUGAGUGCACUCAACCUAUCCAUGAAUAACUUGUCUGGUGCAAUUCCUAAUACCAUUGGUAGUAUCCGCAACCUGCAACAAUUGUAUCUGGCACACAACAAUUUGUCCGGGCCGAUACCAACGAUACUGCAGAAUUUGACAUCACUAUCAGAAUUGGAUCUGUCCUUCAACAAUCUGCAAGGGGAAGUGCCAAAAGAGGGAAUAUUCAGAAAUUUGGCUAACUUUUCAAUCACUGGAAAUAAUGAGCUUUGUGGUGGAAUACCUCAGCUUCAUUUAGCUCCAUGCCACACGAAUUCCGUGAAAAAGAACAGAAAAGGACGGUUAAAGUCUCUUACAGUAGCUCUGGCAACAAUUGGUGCACUCUUGUUCUUAGCUUUUGUUAUUGUCCUCAUUCAGUUGAACUGUAAGAAACUUAAACGAAGGCAGAAGAGCCCAUUCCUACCACCAGUAAUUGAGGAACACUAUGGAAGAAUUUCUUACCAUACAUUAGCAAAUGGAACCAAUGGAUUUUCAGAAGCUAAUCUGCUUGGUGAAGGAAGCUUUGGGGCGGUAUAUAAAUGCACUUUACAAGACGAGGGAAUAAUUGCUGCUGUGAAGGUUUUUAACCUUGAACAAUCUGGAUCUACUAGAAGUUUUGUGGCUGAAUGUGAGGCACUGAGAAGAAUGCGUCACCGCUGUCUCAUAAAGAUCAUCACAUGCUGCUCAAGCAUCAAUCACCAAGGUCAAGAGUUCAAGGCACUAGUUUUUGAGUUCAUGCCAAAUGGUAGCUUAAAUGAUUGGCUUCAUCCAAAAUUUGACAUGCCCACUCUGAGUAAUACUCUCAGCCUAGCACAAAGGCUAGAUAUUGCCGUCGAUAUUAUGGAUGCUUUCGAGUAUCUUCAUAAUCAUUGUGAGCCACCAAUUAUUCAUUGUGAUAUAAAGCCAAGCAACAUCCUUCUUGCAGAAGACAUGAGUGCCCGAGUUGGGGACUUUGGCAUAUCAAGAAUUCUUCCAGAAAGUGCAACUAAAGCCCUGCAGAAUUCAAAUAGCACAAUUGGAAUAAGAGGCUCCAUAGGUUAUGUUGCCCCAGAGUAUGGUGAAGGUUCUUCUGUCUCAACUCUCGGUGAUGUUUAUAGCCUCGGGAUAUUGUUGCUUGAGAUGUUUACAGGAAGGAGCCCAACAGAUGAUACGUUCAGAGAUUCCUUGGAUCUGCACAAGUUUUCAGAGCAUGCUCUUCCAGAGAGAAUAUGGGAGAUAGCCGAUACAACAAUGUGGCUGCACACAGGCGCCUUUAACAGCACUACAAGAUGUAGAAUUGAGAAUUGUUUGGUUUCUGUCAUUGCUCUUGGAGUAUCAUGCUCAAAGAAACAACCUAGGGAGCGGACACUCAUACAGGAUGCAGCCACUGAAAUGCAUGCUAUCAGAGAUUCAUACCUCAAUCUUGCCAGAUCUCUUAUGGUGGAGCAUGGAGUGGAUAACUCUGUGGUAAUUUGCAGCAACAAUUAAGAAGUAAAGCUGAAAAUGGGCAAGAAGACUGCAAAGUAACUGGAGAUGUAUAAUACGCUGUAACUCUAUCAUUUUUUCUCUUAACAACCUUUGUUUGUUUACAUCAGAUAUAUGUGACUAUAGAGAGCGUUUAGUAAAUGUGUCCACAGUCCAGAGUGUUACCAGUUGCGAGUGUGCCUCCUUUUUUAGAGAAUUUUCAAUAAGAUGUAUGAGUCAAUAAUAUCAUAUCCUUCCUUUCUCAGCAA